AACUGGUGCACAGCCUCUACAGUCUCAACGCUACAGCAACACUGUAGCAACGCUGUAGCAACGCUGUAGGCUGAGUUCCCGUGGCAUCAUCCAAUGGAUGACCAUAGCCGUACACCACACUUAGUAACACGAGGAAAAACAUAUAUAUCGUGCCCAAGUAUCCCAAUGCCAAUAUCUUCCCCAAUCCCAAUUUCUUCGUUUUCUAGAGGAUCAACAAAACCUUAGCUUGAAAUCAUCAUGGAGCUCUAGUCUAGAUGUCUAGACAAGGAAGCUCUUCGUUUUAUUUCCAAUAUAUUGAUGGCAAUAGCCGGGUUCACAAUGGCAAUACAUAUACCCGGCCAGCUACAGAGCAUAAUCGUUCUUCAGAAACAGAUCAAGAACGCCUCUUCAAAACACUGCCAUUUGACCAGGCCCAUAAUCGCCGACAAAAUCUUCGAGAACCCAACCCAAAUACUUGCGAUUGGAUCCGACACACCACCCAAUACCGGGAUUGGGUUGAUUCAGAAAAGUUCUGUGACCAUCAUGGGCUCUUUUGGAUUAAAGGAAAACCAGGCACUGGGAAAUCGAUACUCAUGAAAUAUCUACUUACAGUAUCUACAAACGCAAUACCCGAAGCGGAGAUAGUCUCUUUCUUCUUCAAUGCACGAGGACACGAACUCGAACGGACGAUACUUGGGCUAUACCGUAGCCUAUUAUGGCAACUUAUGACCAUGUUUCCGAAUCUCAAAAAUGUCUUCACCGAACUCGACUUUAUAGAUCCUAGACCGAUCGAACAGCAUGGCUGGCAAAUACAAAGCCUCAAGAAUUUGCUCUCGCGUGUCGUUAGCAAGCUUAGAACUUGCCAAAUCGUUUUCUACAUCGACGCCCUAGACGAAUGUCCUGAAAACCAAGCACGAGACAUGGUCUCGUUCUUUCAAGAAAUCGGCGAUAUAGCCCUGGAGCGAGGUAGCCACCUAUAUUUUUGUUUCUCAAGCCGACAUUAUCCGAACAUAUCAGCCAGGAAAUAUAUCCCGAUGAGCAUUGAAAACGAAAUUGGCCAUAACCUUGAUCUUGAGCGCUACAUCGACUCAAUGCUUACGAUUGAUUCGUCUGGACCUGUGUCAUAUAUAAAACGUCGAAUCCUUCAAAAAGCCUCAGGGGUCUUCCUAUGGGUUGCCCUAGUUAUUCCAAUGUUGAAUAAAGCUUUCGAUUGCGGCAAGAUAGAUGCUCUAGGUCAGCAGCUCGAAAGAUUGCCAUCCGAACUCAGCCUUCUAUUCAAGGACAUGUUAAUACGGGACCUGGAAGAUCAAGACGCAAUGCUUCUUUGUUUUCAAUUACUUUUAUUCACACGCCGCCAACUAAGCUUAGAGGAGCUGUAUUUUGCUAUCAAUGCUGGACUCGACCAUCCACUCGCAUGGGGUAACCACGUGUCAGAUGAGGAUAUGUAUCGCUAUAUUCUCAGUUCAUCAAAAGGUCUUGUGGAGAAGGUGCAUAGUCGAGAUCGUAAAUGCUACGUGCAAUUCAUACACGAAUCUGUUCGGGAUUUUCUGCUUCGCGGAGACGAACUUCAAAUUCUACGGCCCCACCUAGAGGGCAACUUCGUAGGCAGGAGUCAGGACGUUGUAAAACAGACCUGUCUCAAGCAGAUACGAUAUCUACUACAAUUUGUCGACGGGGACGAUAUCUUCAGCGAAAGCCGUUGCGAACAUAAGUUGGCUACUCAGUCGGAAGCAGAACACUACCGUGAUACCAUGAACAAGACACAUCCAUUCUUGGAAUAUGCCGUUAGAAACGUGUUAUUUCACUCCGACUUGGCUCAGCAUUUUGGUGUGCAACAAUCCGAUUGGGUUCGACAAUUCCCAUUGCGACCUUGGUCUAUCCUUCAUGAUAUAUAUUGUACACGCUUCGGUAGGAUGCGCUCCAAGGAUACGAAGGGUAGCGAGAUCUUGUAUACACCCGAUAUAAAUAUGUUAUAUGUUCUCGCGCAUCAAAACCUAGUCAAUCUUCUCCAACAAUCCCCAGAUAGACUAAACCAUAUGGAUAUCAAAGGGGGUUGGUAUGGUACACCUCUGGUUGCAGCCAUUGCACGUGGUUGCCGGGAAGCAGCUCGAGAUCUCGGUUUGCAGGCUUUCUUAGACAAGGGUCUCGGGAUUUCACACGACAAGGAAGAGGAAGAAUAUUUUUCAAAUUUAGAUGGAAUCAAUUUUCGUCCAUACGAUAGUCAAUUUAUUUGUCUAUUACGCCUUGGCUGUACAACAGCGAUGGAAGCAAUGUGGCUACAGGGAGAAAACAUUGAAAGAUCAGAUAGUAAUGGGCGUACGCCGCUGUACUAUGCUAUCUCAAAUCGGUCUAUAAAAGGGGUCAGGUGGCUCUUUUCGCAUGGAUAUCUCGAUCCGAAUGUCCUUGUCAAAGAUGAUAUGACGGCAUUGAUAUACAUGUGCCGCUAUUUCGAAGACAGAAAAGGAGAAAUCGAUAUUUUUCGCUUUUUCCUUGAGAAUCCGAGGGUUCAAGUCGAUUUACCGGAUAAAAGCGGCAGGACACCCUUUUCUCAUGCAGUGGGUAAUGGGGCAUUGCGAAUUGCCCAAGUGCUCUAUAACACCGGCUUAGUAAACCUCAAUUCUAGAUGUCAUCAAGGACAAUCUCCUCUUCACUACGCAAUAGAGCCUUUUCGGUACUACAUCCAAACCCCCAUGGCUUGGCUUCUUCCUUUAGCUACUGUCAAACCCGAUCUCAAAGAUUACCAAGGUAGAACACCUCUAUCCCACGCCGCCCACAGAGGUAUACAUGAUUGCGUCGCAGUCUUGCUUACGUCAAAAGGCGUAGAUGUGGAAAGCAAAGACAAGGAGGGACAGACUCCAUUAUAUUGGGCAAUAAGGGCGUUUGAAACACUCAAUCAUAUACAUAGUAAACUACGAAUUGUCACCGAUCUACUACGAACAAAUCAAGUCAACGUCGACUCAAAGGCUAGGAAUGGGUUGACACCCUUGACUCUCGCGAAGACACUAUCAUCCACCAAUGACAUUCUGGUUAAUUGCAUUGGGCUCAUGGAGCGGUACAAGCGCGGUGAGAGAAUGCCUAUGACUUUAAAGAUUGUCCUUGCGUUAGAGGCAAAUCCUCAAGGAUACACAUAGUGAGGUUAGAAGAUAGCAAAAGAUACCCCAGUUCGGGAUUGCUUCAAAAGUCAGGCAAGGGAUUUUUGGGGAAGGCAACUCAUGACAAUUGGACUAAAUGCAUAUUCUGUAUAUUGAAAGGUUGAGUUAUUACCUACCCAGUUGCCUGUAGGCAAGAAGGAAGCGGAGGUUACGUAUACCACCUUUGAUACACAGUGUACCUAGAUUCCUAAUGAUUUCAUAUUUUGAUAAUCACAUACUUAGUAAACCUCUACAAAGAGUGAUAGGAUGAGAUGACUUCUAAAAAGAAUUGAACUUAUUCAAUGAA